AUGAGGAGGUCAGAGGUGUUGGAGAACAUCUCAAAGAGUGAGGAUGUGUGGCCCACUCUCACCUGCAGGGACUUCAUUCUGGAGUGGGCAUCGCUGCUCGAGAGCAAGAACAGACCAAUGCUGACUGAUGGAUGGCCAGAGAGAAGUGACUGGAAGGAUCUGACUCUGAGCAGUGAGCAGGAUAUAGAGAGCGCCAGGAGAGUCAUUCUCACCUGGACCAAAGACCUGAGGGCCCAACCUGAGCAAAGUGUGUGGCCUGGAGAGCAGGUGGUGGCGGCUUUGGAUGACCUUGAGAAUCACUGGAAGAAAGGUCGGAUGGCCACCCUGCAGUCGGCCAUGGAGCUGGUGUUCUGGACACUAAUCAGCAAAGAACUAGACAAGGAGAACAUUCCGCAAAAGUGGCUUAUGUGGAAACAGAGGAGCCAAAAAAUAGGUGCCACCCCAUAUAUUCCUCAUGUAGUGUGGGACUGGAUCAGUGAUGCAGGAGUGGAGGUGACCCUUGACCUGGACACGGCCAACCCUGACCUGCUGGUCUCCGAGGACGAGAAGCGCAUGCGCUGUGGUUUCGAGCGCAAAGACGUGCCCAACUAUCACCAGCGCUUCGACGGUUGGUGGUGUGCGGUGGGAACCGAAGGCUUCGCCUCUGGCCGCCAGUACUGGGAGGUGGAUGUGGGAGAAAUGGACUGGCGCAUCGGUGUGGCCAAAGAGUCCGCCUUGCGGAAGGGCUUCAAGUCCCUGAACACCAACACUGGCUACCUGACCCUGCGGCUGGAACGUGGCAUGGAGCUAAAGGCCCUCACCGUGCCGUUCACCGCCCUGCCGGCCGCCUUGAUUCCUCAAAAGGUCGGCGUCUACCUAGACUACGACCAGGGCCAGCUGUCCUUCUACGACGUGGAGAACCGCUCCCACAUCUACACCUACAACGAGACAUUUGACGAAACGCUCUUCCCGCUCUUCGGAACGGUGGAGAUCAUGAAAGACCUGGUGAUCAGAUCCCCCAGGAACAGGAGCCACUGCCUGUGUCCCGGCAUUUGCCUGUGGGGUUGAGACCCAACCGAAUCCAACCGGAGCCCAGUGCUUAAUCUCUAGACCAGUGGUUCUCAACUGGACCUUAAUGUUACCAUUUGUACAGAUAGGGUCACAGGGUCGCAAAUGCAAGUAUUUUGCUAAGUAUUUUUACCCAUAGGGAUUUUGUGAAGUGCUUUAAAGGGUUAGUUCCCCCAAAAAUGAAAAUUAGCCCA